AGCACUGUUCAGGGAUAUCAGGAUGGCGGAUUUACACCGAUAGCAAUCUUUUUGUAAAUCUUUAUUGGCGGGACAAUAAUCUUUUAAUAUCAAAUAUGUUGAGGUGCUAAAAAACAUACAACGCAGAUUUAUUUAUACAACCGAUAGACAAUGACAACAAGAUGCCAGUGACAAAAUUCCACCCUUACCAUGGACAAAACAUCCGUCUUCUCCAUGACAACAUGGUGGCUUAUAGAGAGACCAGUUUUGCACAUGCCCUGACCUUUAGUGAGAAGGCAUUAAAGCCUGGAGAAAUAUUUCUUGUCGAGAUAGAAAAAAAUGAGUUGGGAUGGAGUGGACAUAUGAGAAUAGGUCUCACACAAUUUGACCCAAGUUGCAAGUUUGAACUUCCACAAUAUGCAUUACCAGAUCUUCAAAAUAUGGGGAAAUCCUGGAUUUUUGCAGUGACUAAGUCACACAAUAAAGUAGUGUACUCAGAUGCUGGAGACUCGGACAGUGUGGACAGGGAGAUCCACCAGUCUGUGUUAGGGGAUGCAGAGGUGAUACACACACCCCAGGGCUCAUUCAGUAGGAGUCUACUGCUCCCUCUACGUAAACUGUUAUCAAAUAAUUACGAAACUUCUGUCAGUACAUCCUCCUCAGACAGUGCUCUUCCUACAGACAUUGGUAGCAGGAUCGGGAUCAUGUACCGUGUGGUGGGAGACACUGCGGAAAUGAGGUUUAUCAUUAACGGUGAAGAUCAGGGACCUUGUGCUAGAAAUAUUCCCCACCAGGGGGGGCCACUCUAUGCAGUGGUAGAUGUUUACGGUACCACAAAACAAGUGAGGAUCAUCCAGCUGUAUUGUGUGUCUUCACUCCAAAAUGCAUGCAGAGACAGAAUUCUCCAAUUGACAAAGGAGGAGGAUGUGACAUGUCUACCAUUACCAAUGAAAUUGAAACAAUUUCUGCGAUAUGAACUAUAGCACUACAUACAUAGCUUAUGCUACUUUUGUCUUUAAGAGAUUGUCGUGUGAUAUUAAAAAUGAUUCUAUUUAUGUACAAUAUACAUGUACAGCAUUGUGAUAAGUUGCCUUGAAUUUCGAUAGUUCUAGUGCGGUAAUUAUCAGAGAAAAAUAUCUAAUGAAAAUAAUAACCUGUUGUAGACCAAUUACUACUAGGUGUGUAUACUUACGGUUUUGUGUUUUGAUUUGAUAAUAUUUGUGAAUUGUUUUUACUAUAUUAUCAAACAUAAUAAUUAGUCAAUGCUUUGCAAAUUUGAUGAGCUAUUUUUAGAUAGACUGUUAUAAGAUAUCUCCUGUUUUCCUUACAAGUUUAAUGCAGUCAAAAACUGCUAUAAGGAAACAAUCAUCUUGCAAAUCAAAUGUUUAAAGAUUCAUUGUGUCUGAAUGUACAUGAUGCAUUGUAUCAUAAUAUUGGUGUUAGAUACAUUGUAUUUGAAUUUUGGUAAUAGAUACAUUGUAUGUGAAUUUUGGUAAUAA